AAAUCCCUAAAACAGUAGCAGUAACUCAACAAAACCAACCAUCUGACGUUGAUCUUAUAAUAUAAUUGUGUUGGGGGCCCGGCCCCUUCAAUCAAAUUCACCCACCCACCACCACAUUAUUAUUAGUGUAUUAUAUUGUUGGUGUACAGUGGUACUUCCACACCUCCAUCUCCAUUCCAUAUUACAUUCUUCCUUGCUGCCUUUGGUUUGCUUCUCAAUCUGUCAUAAGUAAUAUAGAGAGAGAUAGAGAGAUAUAUAUAGAGAGAGAGAGAGAGAAGCACCAUUUUGACCUGCACUGUACUGUGCAUGCUCCAGACAUUCAUCUUCUCCUCUUCACAAAACAUCCUUCUGUCCCAUCCACUGUGUGUGUGUGUGUGGGUUUAAUCCCUGACAUGUCAAACUGCAAACCCUGAUUUUUCCAUUCCCCUUACAGCUACCCAUCCCUCGUUCAUACUCAUAGCUUGUUAAUUGGUCGUUGAUCUUUCGAGUUCUUGGAUCUCAUCUUCGAUUUGAUUUCAAAACCCUAAUUUCCUUUUUCUUAUUCUAAUUGUUGCAAUCCCACAAAAUUUUAUAAAGAAACCCUAGCUAGCUUGUGUAAUUGCUCCUGCUGCUGCAUUUUUUUUUAAUUUAUUUUAUGUAAGGGAGGUAAUUGAUUACUAGCGACGAAGAGGGUUUUGAUUUUUGAAAAUUAAAAUGGAAUUCUCGCCAAACGAGUCCCGGGUGGACGGCGCCGGCUCAUCGUCGGGGACGCCGAGCCGGUACGAGAGCCAGAAGUGGCGCGACUGGAACACGUUCUGCCAGUAUCUGAGGAACCACCGGCCGCCGCUGGCGCUGAGCCGGUGCAGCGGUGCGCACGUGCUGGAGUUCCUCCGGUACCAGGACCAGUUCGGGAAGACUAAAGUCCACAGCUCCAUGUGCCCCUUCUACGGGCACCCCAACCCCCCCGCCGCCUGCCCCUGCCCGCUCCGCCAGGCCUGGGGUAGCCUCGACGCCCUCGUCGGCCGCCUCCGCGCCGCCUACGAAGAGAACGGAGGCAAGCCCGACACCAAUCCCUUCGCCGCUCGAGCCGUCCGCCUUUACCUCAGGGAAGUUCGCGACACGCAGUCCAAGGCCAGAGGGAUUAGCUACGAGAAGAAGAAGAGGAAACGCCCCGCGCCGCCGCCAUCGCCGCCUCAUCUUCUGCCGGCCGAUUAAUUAGAUCGAUCGAUCGAUCAUGCACGCCGGCCGGCCAUCAUAUUCCAGCUGAGUAAAAUCUGUCUGCUCAAUCGAGUAAUUGAUUAAUUAAAUUAUGAAUUUUAGGGAUUUAGGGUUUGCUGAUUAUAUUUAUAUCGAAUCCCUGCAACUUUUUUUUUUUUUUUUUUUUUUUUUUUCUGAGGAGUUCAAUUUAGGUUAAGAUAUUCUGCAAUUUAAAGUAAUUCGAGACAGUAGUUUUGAAGAUCGGAGCAGUGAUUUUACGCACGUAAUUUUAGUUCUGAAAAUUGAAUGAGCUUUGUUGUCGAUCUUGAAGAUUUUCCUGCAUUUCAUUCAUCAUCAUCAUCAUCACGAUCGUGGUCAUGGCGUUGAUUGUUGACAGCCAUUGGAAGUGGGGUUUGUAUUUCUUGUUGCACGAACUGGAUUGAUUCUGCAAA